UCCAUUUUAUCAAGUUAUAAAUAAAACGAAAUUUUAUACUGCACAGCAAGUAAGCAAUCCUGUAUCCCGAUUGUUUGUAAACAGUUCCGAAUAUGACCGCUAACCCACCGGAAGAAGGAUUCGACCAAGCAGAGUUCGAAGAUGACGAGCUUGGUGAGGUACAGAUCGAAACAUCAUCCGGACGCAAGCGUCUUUUUAGCAAGGAGUUGCGCUGCAUGAUGUACGGCUUCGGGGACGAUCAGAAUCCGUACACGGAAAGUGUCGAUCUGCUGGAAGAUUUGGUGGUCGAAUUCAUCACGGAAAUGACACACCGAGCGAUGGAAAUCGGGCGCACUGGUCGUGUGCAGGUGGAGGACAUUGUGUUUCUGGUACGGAAAAAUUCACGUAAAUAUGCUCGCGUGAAGGAUCUGCUAACAAUGAACGAAGAGCUGAAACGGGCACGAAAGGCGUUCGAUGAGGUGAAGUAUGUCGGGGCGGAAGCAAAAAUUAAGUAA